AUGCCUGAUGAAGUGAUGGCAGAAAUCUUGUUUAGGCUGUCCAUCAAGACCCUGUUGCAAUGCACCAGUGUCUGCAAGUCACGGUACGCUCUUAUCAAAAACCCCAAUUUCAUUUCAACCCAUCUUCACAAAGCCCUCUCCUCCAGGGAUAACCGAUUAUUUUUUCAUCAUUCAUAUUCAUUUUGCGACGACGACAAAUACUGCUUGCGUUUUGACGACAAAGAUUUCAAGGAAUACGUGACACUCUAUCCCUCUUUCGACACCAAGAAGCCUUUGCACGUCGCCUGUUCUUGCAACGGCGUAAUCUGCCUCUUCUCCGAUGAUUUUUCUUAUGGCGGCUGCAGAUUCAUCCUCUGGAACCCUUUCAUUAGAAAGUCUUUAUUACUUCCUUUACCCCAUCUCAUCUUCGCCAAUGUUCGCAACCGUUGUAAGAAUUUUAUUGGUUUUGGAUUUGAUUCUAGAACCCAUGACUACAAAGUCUUAAGAAUCAUGAACCCUCCUGUUGAAGAUGGAAUUCACAUUAGGACUGAACUAUAUUCUCUCAAUUCUAAUUCUUGGAAGAAUAUCACUGAAAUUACUCUAAAAAUAGGUUGGGAAAAGAAGCACAAGCAUGGAAGGUUCAUCAUGGUGUUUGAUGCAAGAGAUGAAGUCUUCCGCGAGAUUUUGUUGCAAGAAUGUUUUGUAAACGAUUAG